CUCAAUCCGAAUCCAGAAGAAAGACCAGAUAUUGUUGAGGUAAGAUGCUGUGCAGAGUCUUUGCAGUGUCAAACAUUGCACUUGUUAGGCGUAAGAAUUGAUAACGUCCCUUUUUGUAGUCCAAUUUGUCAUUUCGAGAGGAUCAAAAUAGCCUUUUUCAUUCUGUAAUCAAGCGAAUCAGUUUGAGACCUAUUCGUUAGCUCUCUUUACAGUGGCAAGAAGUUUUAAUGUUCAAACUGACUGCACGGCAAAUAUAUAAUUGAACUGAAAUAUGUGAAAUGAAUCAUACCGGUAUUUUGAACUGCAGAUAAAGAUAUGAAAUUGAACAUGAUUCUCGCAGUUAAAUGAACAACCAAGGUGGUUAUUAAACACUAUUUUUUUUAACUUAAGGAAAACAGUUAACCGUUAUCCAUGUAGACCAAAACAGUGAUGUUGUUCUGAGAAUCUAGCCAGAAUGUUUUCACCCAAUUAAAAUGGUUAGUACACGUAGAAGCAAACUAAUUGAAAACUGCCAGUUCAAAAUUGUUAGUAAAUUUAUGUAUUUAUUUACUUUUCAUUAGGUUGCUGCUAACAUCAGUGAGAUCAUGCUGGUUUAUGUGGACAAGCUGCGAUCAAAUGAGAUCAGUUUGGAAAAGAAAUUGGAGAGAGAAAGGAAAAGAACGCAAAGGUUGGCAUUAGUUCUUUCAUAGAAUUGUUUUAACUCCUGUAAGUGAUGGUUUAAAGUUCAUAGUGUGCGAAUGCAGUGUCUAUCGAUAAACUGUAAAAUAAUUUAUUGAACCCGAUUGGCUGAGAGCAAUAACACAGUGCAAAAACGAGGAAAUAUACCGAAAUGCAAAUAUCUCUGAGAAUGGAGCACUGUGACUGGCCAAUAAACAAAUGAAAUUAACAAGAACCUAUCAGGUGUCGCAACUCACGCGCAAUUUUAACAUGUAUGAGUGGGCAGUAUAGUGUCUCGUGGGUGGCCGUUAUAAACAGGUUCCACCAGUUUUGACUGGUAAAUUUUUCAUUUUAUUAUUAAGGGGCAAUCAUACGACUUUUCUUGUUCAACUGGAAUGUAGUUGCACUUGUGUGUUUUUCAACAAGCCUAAAUUGCACGAGACCAAAAUUUUGUUAAGUUUGGAAAAACACACUCGUGUAAAUUAAUCCUUAAUUGAACUUGAAGUAGCAUGAUUACCUAUAUGCUUAUUGGACACUCCCUAGACCAGCUAAAGGUGUUGCAGGUAAUCAUAGGAAUUCGCUUUGGUGGUUGCCGCCUUGUAACGCUAUGUAUAAACUCUAGCAGUGAGAAAAGAAUGUGACCACGUGAGUUCACCUUUUUGGUUUGACAAACAAAGCCAUGUGACCUAAGUCGUCAACGUCUGGCGCUAAAAUCAACUGUGACGCGUAUCUUUGAAUUCGCGGUCUACCUGUUUUGGUGAUACUCUCGCGAAACAAGAGUUCGCUUUGUAAGAGCUGACCAUAUCAGUAACAAGGCUCUUAUCAAAUUUUGAGUAAUGGUACUCCCCCUUUUGUUGCAUUUCAGACAUUACAUCGAGGCGACUCGCAACAUGCAAAACUAUCACCGUCUUUUUUAUGCUUCACAAGAACGCUACGACAAACUGGUGAACUUGUCAAGUAGUGGAGGUGCCGCUGGCUUUAGGACCGUGGACGCCACAGAAGGCAGUGAUACUGUGUUUGAAGCUGCAAACGCUUUAGCUGAACUGAACUUAAACAAAAACGGCGUUCACAAGAAUGGAGAGACGGAGUAUACGCCUCAGGUGGACUCAGGGAUUGAUGUUGGGGAUAUUCUUGCAAAUGGGAACCUGGGUUCUAGUGCCCUAAACGGGGAACAAAAUGGCAGCUCAAAACCAGGCGGUAGCUCGUCGCCAGGCUCUACGAGGCGUCAGAGAACGUUAAAGCCUGUUGUUGAUAAGUCUAGUAAAGGAACAGGUGAAAAAUUUACGAGUAACAGUAAGGAAAGAGAUAAGACUUCGCAGAGCGUUAAAGGCGCAGAUAAAGCGUCAAAUGGUAGAACUAUUGUCGAUAAAACGAGUGCGAACACUUCCACGUCUAAUUCGCACGUUUUCACCGUACCCAAGCCUCCGGGUCCGCGAAAAGGCCCACGAAGGCAGCUCCACGUUGAAUUUGCUAGCAGCAGUAAGGCCGGCACAUCGAAUGGUACGAGCACCGGUGGCGUGACGCAUGGCGUGACACCAUCCGCGACUUCAGCGAGUGGUUUAAGUGAUAUUUCAUCCAGAAGGACACAAAGCAGGUUUGUCUGCAGUCUUCUUGCUAUCGGCAAGGUUAGGUUAAAGGUUUGUUCAUAUUGGAAAGUGCACUUCGCUUAUCCAGCUAGUUUACAGACACUUAACUCAAAUAAUUAGCAACAAAUAGUCCAAACAGGGCAUAACAGGAUUAAAAACCCCAACUGGCAGGAGGCAACCAGUUGGCUAUUUACAAGCGUGGCCAAGGAUUUGAACUCGGGACGACCGAGGACAAGUCCAGCAAGUGGUCAGAGCGGAACUCGUACCCAGGACCGCCGGAUUGCGAGUACAACGUUCUGAUCGCUUGGCCACGCUGCCUCCCUCUAAACAUUGUACAUCAAAAUUGGUGACAAAACGCAAGGUGCUACAAUAGCUCUGCUAUAAGACAAACGAAAGCUCAUGAAUAAGAAAUUUUCCCUUUUCUCGGACUUCUUGUUUAAACGGUCUUAUUGUAUUCUAGAAACCUUGCCUCGAGGAAUUGCAAUCGUAAAUUUAAUGUGUGUUUUUAAAUGUCAUUCUUUUUAUGGCUGAUUUUUAGUUCCUCCGUUGAGAUGCAAAGACGUCAAGCUGGCGGCCAACUUAAAGCAAGACCACGUACGUUUAGUUUCUCCUCUAAACAAUUUAACACGUUGUUAGCUAGCUUCAGGGAUUAGCCAGACAAAAACACGCGGUGAAGCGUCAUGCUUUUACCACCACACGCAUGCUAUCCAGUGUCUUUGGAGGGGUAGAGAACUACAAUCUUUUCUUCUCCUCCCCGCCUCCCCACACCAGUACUUGUGUAUAGGUCGAGGAUCAGAAGAGAACUUAAGUGCACACAGAUGGUCAUUAUAGUCAAUCAAAGAUAACACUUUUCUUUCGCGAUAUGAACUAGCAGCGAGAGACGCAUGCUCAAUGAGCAUCCUGUAUCGGAACAUGACAGACAAACGUUUUUUCCGGUGUGUUUGCGUCAUCUCGCUCUAUACAUGCUUUCUAUGGCGCUUGCGUUGCUCGUAUGAACCAAUCCUUAGUAGAACGAGCGCAACGUGCGAGGGCCUGGCGACGAUAUUACGUGAGCCUGAGUGUUAAACUCACUGGUAUCCCAAUAGUAGCCUAGUUGAUCCAGUGGUUAUGCUCCUUUAGAAUUAGGUGCAAAGGUUUCUUAAUUCUCCUGAGCAAUAAUAUGGUUUUAUUUUCAGCCACUGCUGCCGCCACUCUGAGUAUAUCUCCUCGUAAAGUUCGUCAAAUAAUUGAUCCCAUCUCACAGAUCCUCAAUCAACUUCAUAAAAUUAUCUUUAUAACGCAGGUAUGUCCACUUCAUUUAUUGAACGAGCUGAGAACAGAUAACUGCAAAACAAAAAUGAAAAGCGAUUCAACAAUAAAACGUCCGGAAAAAAUCUGAUUUUAACCGUUUUACUGGUCAUCAGAUAGUCAUUACGUUUAAGACUGGAAAUAUUUCUUCUACACUUUUUCUUCAACUCUUGUAAAGGAAAAGCAUCGCAGAAACAUUCUACUUGGUUACUACUCAGUAGAUUUCAACAAAGUUUAUAGUCGUUAGAAAUUUGUCCACAUAAAAACGAUUUCUAACGAAACUAUAUAUUAAAAAAUAAUAAAAUAAUAAAUUAAUAAAUUAAUUGAUUAAAAUAAUAAUGCAAAUCUUUGUAUUAUAGUGUGGCAGCGCUUCGCUGCCCUAGUUACAUUCUUGGACGAAAUAGGCGGAAUUAUUGGAAUAGAAUAGAGUAGAAUAAUUUAUUUAAUGUCGAAGACGUGGGAAGUGUUUGCACAAUCUUUCUUCCCCCUCCCUCCUCCCCUUGAUCAGGGAUGGGAAAAGGAUGCGUUUUGGCCUUCGCGGGGUUGAUCUUUGUGUUUUUCGAGAAGGGGGUCUCUUCAGUCCAUUUCAUUCUGUCCAAGAUUGUAGUUUACAGGCACUUCACGCAAUUUAUGCCAUCAAGCAAGUUAAAUCGUGAAUAACAGCAAGACAACUAAACGUAACAGGGUUAGAAACCGCAACUGGCGGGAAGCAACCCUUUGGCUAUUACAAGCAUGACCGAGGGGUUAAACUCGGGCUUUUGAGGAAAAUUCGAACCCGGACAUUGCCGGAUUGUCAUUACGUCCUGUGUGUGUGUGUGUGUGUGUUUUUUUUAAUUUUAAACGCUUCGAAUUGUUGUUAUUUUUGUCUCUUACAGUUACCUCCAACGUUAUCACCGAAUCCUCAGAGAAGAAUCGUCGAACAGUUCAAAAGAGCGUUAUUUUCACCUCAAAACAGCUAUUUUGUCAAUCUCAAAAGCGAAGUAAAAAAGGUAAGC